GAGCUUCGCCUCUCACGAGUCGGUCCCGCGGCGGAGAGGACCCCGGCGGGCGCCCGCGUCCGAGGGAAGCAGCGGGGAAGCUGGUUCCGGGCUGCGCGGGGAGAGGGGCCGCCGCGGCGCGGAGGAAGGAGGAGAGUCCAGUUCGGGGAGAGGAGCGGCGCUGAGAGCGGGGCUGGAAAGGGAAGAUGCCCAGUGCGGACGUUCUCAUGCUGAAGGCCUUUGAGCCCUACUUCGAGAUUUUGGAAGUAUAUUCCACAAAGGCCAAGAAUUACGUAAAUGGUCAUUGCACCAAAUAUGAGCCCUGGCAGCUAAUUGCAUGGAGUGUCGUGUGGACCCUGCUGGUAGUCUGGGUAUAUGAGUUUGUCUUCCAACCGGAGAGUUUAUGGUCAAGGUUUAAAAAGAAAUGCUUUAAGCUCAUCAGGAAGAUGCCUAUUAUUGGUCGCAAGAUCCAAGAUGAGUUGAACAAGGUCAAGGAUGAUAUUAUCAAGAACAUGUCAUUUCUGAAAGUGGAUAAGGAGUAUGUGAAGGUUCUGCCCUCUCAAGGUCUGAGCUCGUCUGAAGUUCUGGAGAAGCUCAAGGAGUACAGCUCUAUGGACGUCAUGUGGCAGGAAGGGCGAGCCUCCGGAGCGGUGUACAGUGGGGAGGAGAAGCUCACCGAGCUCCUCGUGAAGGCUUAUGGAGAUUUUGCAUGGAGUAAUCCCCUGCAUCCAGAUAUCUUCCCAGGACUCCGGAAGAUAGAAGCAGAGAUUGUGAGGAUAGCUUGUUCCCUUUUCAAUGGGGGACCGGAUUCCUGUGGAUGUGUGACCUCUGGGGGUACAGAAAGCAUACUGAUGGCCUGCAAAGCUUAUCGGGACCUGGCCUUAGAGAAGGGGAUCAGAACUCCAGAAAUUGUGGCCCCCCAGAGUGCCCAUGCUGCGUUUGACAAGGCAGCCCAUUAUUUUGGGAUGAAGAUUAUACGGGUUCCACUGAACAAAAUGAUGGAGGUGGAUGUUCGGGCAAUGAGAAGAGCCAUCUCCAGGAACACUGCCAUGCUCGUCUGUUCUACCCCACAGUUCCCUCAUGGUGUGAUCGAUCCUGUUCCUGAAGUGGCCAAGCUGGCUGUCAAAUACAAAAUACCUCUUCAUGUAGACGCUUGUCUGGGGGGCUUUCUCAUCGUCUUUAUGGAGAAAGCAGGAUACCCACUGGAGCAACCAUUUGAUUUCCGGGUGAAAGGUGUGACCAGCAUUUCAGCGGAUACCCAUAAGUAUGGCUAUGCCCCCAAAGGCUCUUCCGUGGUGUUAUACAGUGACAAGAAGUACAGGAGCUAUCAGUUCUUCGUUGAUCCAGACUGGCAGGGUGGCAUCUACGCUUCCCCAACCGUCGCGGGCUCACGGCCUGGUGGCAUUAGUGCAGCCUGCUGGGCUGCCUUGAUGCACUUCGGUGAGAGCGGCUAUGUUGAAGCUACCAAACAGAUCAUCAAAACGUCUCGCUUCCUCAAGUCAGAACUGGAAAAUAUCAAAGGCAUCUUUGUUUUUGGGGAUCCUCAGUUGUCGGUCAUUGCUCUGGGCUCCCAUGAUUUUGACAUCUACCGACUGUUUAAUCUGAUGACUGCUAAGGGGUGGAACUUGAACCAGCUGCAGUUCCCGUCCAGUAUUCAUUUCUGCGUCACGUUAGUACACACCCGGAAGCGAGUAGCCGUACAGUUCCUAAAGGACGUCCGAGAGUCUGUCACUCAAAUCAUGAAGAACCCUAAAGGAAAGGCCACAGGAAUGGGUGCGAUCUAUGGCAUGGCCCAGACCACUGUCGACAGGAACCAGGUAGCAGAAUUGUCCUCGAUCUUCCUGGACAGCCUUUUCAGCACAGACACUGUACCUCAGGGCAGCCAGAUGAAUGGCUCUCCGAAGCCCCGCUGAGCCCGAGGGCAUUUGGCCUUCAGAAGGUUCUGGGGUGUGGAACAGGCCCCACAGAGAUUCAAUAUCUGGUCUUGCUCCAUAGAGCACAACGAGACAGACGCAAGACAGCUUGAUCCUCAGGAUUCGAGUUCCUCCUUUCAUCAUCCUUUUGUGGUUUUUAAUGUGAAAGCCCCGAAGGAUUCCAUGACGUAAUUAUUUUGCCCUUGUUCUAAACAUCACCCCAGGAAUUGUUUUAACCGUUUCUUCUCUAAUCUUUCUAGCUUUUACCUUCACUUAAUCAUGGGGUGGCAGCUCUGGCCUGUCCUGAUUCCUUAGGGAAGCUGGGGCACAGUUUGAGGUAGAAAAAGGUUUUCUUUGUCAUCCCAAGCAGAUUGUUUUAUAGUCAAAUAGGGAGCAUUCGUGUGACAGAAGUUUCCCGGGUGGGUGUUCGGUAACUCUACGCAGGACGCUCUUCAGCCUGCUCUCCGAGUGGGUCACUUGUCUCUCAGAGUUACUUUUACUGCAGCCUGUUUUCUUCUCCCAAGACACAGGCUGACCAGGCCGUUGUUACUCUGCAGCAGUGGUCAGUCUGCCAAGGCAGCGUGUCCAGUGGUACAUGGUCCUCUUCUAGUGUGUAGUCCCUUUGGUAUUGGGUUUCCACCAUCUUUGGAGAUUCGUAUUUGAAAUUGUGCCCCCACUGGUUUAUUCUGGAACUAGGAAGGGACUGUAAUUCCCAGAGAAUCUAGGACCUCCUGGCCUAUUGCUGCCUCUCUGAGUAUCAGGGUAGGAUGAGCACGCAAAUUCAAAUAUGUCACCAAAGUUCAUUGUAGGCCUCCCCUCCCUCACUGCUUUAAGCCAUCAUAUAUGAGAAUAUGUUUGCUCACAGCACCUUCACAAGUUGCCUUGAUUUAUCCUAGUUGGUACAAGGAGGGUAUGAGUGAGUCCCCAAGGCAAGGGAAAAUGUUUUGUUCCAUUGGUGUGUUCUUCCAGCCUCCUUCCUCUCAUUCAGCUCCCAAAGGUACUAUGGCAGUUCAGCCUCAGGUACUGGACACUUCUCAGCCCUGGCGAGGAUGAGAGAACAUUUUGGAAUAGGGAAACAAGAUGGUGUCGGUUGUAGCCUAGGGCUUGUGAUUUCUUUAGAUGCUCAGAAUGGUGCAGGGACAGGGCCAAACUCUGUGCCCACUUUCUACCUUUUCUGCCCUGCAUGGGGCCUGCCUGGAUCUCACCUGAGCCACUGUCCUACCCUAGUGACGACAUACUGUAUGUGUGCCUUUUCCUCAGUGGGGAGCAGUGGUGGCUAUUCCUGACCCAGGCCCAGGGGUGGGGAUCAGUCUUUGAGGUUUUGUUUGGGUUGGGAGAAACUCCUCUGUCCGUUCCCCUUCUCAGGGACUCCUGAAGAUUCAGCCACUUCAGGCUGGUAUCCUCUCGCCCCCCUCGCUGGGUAUGCUGGCCAGGAGCCAACAUGACCAUUUCCCCCAGCUCCUCACCACUUUUGUCUAAAAUGUUCUUCUGCACUGUACUGUCUACACAAAACUGUGACUGGCCAUGUCGCUGCAGGGUGUGUGUGGUUGUCAGUCAUCCUGUGCAUUGUGGGUUCCAAGAGUGGUUGGUGUGUGUGUGUGUGUGCGCGCGCGCGUGCAUGUGUUACAGUUGCUGAAAUGGUGGGCAUCUCCUGAGAGAGGAGGAGUGGUCGGAGCUGUGGGUGAAUUGUCUUUUGUGUCUCCAGUGCAUUCAUUAUGUUGGAGGAAGUCCAGGGACCCAGCCCCACCCAGCAGGCACCACUGUGGUUUGUCGGCUGCUAAAAUGGAGAAGCAUGCACCCUACAGAGUGUUCUCUUCCUCCACUGUCCCCCCAGGACCGCCCCCUGUGCUGUGAUAACAUUGCUGCAGGGGUUGGGCUGGGGUGAAGGUCGUGGGACUAUUUUUCAAAGGGACCUACUGUAGCCACUUUAUGUUUACGAGCCUUAGUUUGAGUUAACAUUUGUGGGCUUUCCACUCUGUGUGUAUCUGCUUGUAGUAGCACCCCGUCUGGCAGAGGUGGGCAGAAUGGCAAAUGUCCACUGGCCUCUGCAAAAACUGUACUUUCUUUUUUCUGCAUUAGAAGUCAGUAGACAUGUGACUAUACUGCCGUGUCACUUCAUAUUGCCAGUUUUAUACUUGGAAAAUGGUACUUGCCUCCUUUAAAUCUUCUGUCUUUAACCUCCUCGUUCCCUCAACGUUCUCUUCCUAAUUGCAGCAAUAAUCUCUUAAAAAGCAAUUAAAUAAUUAAAUGUUUCAAAUCUUGA